GCGUACGCACAACUUCAAACCGCGACCGACCAUCAGUCCGAGACGAGAAUCCCUGGCGAUAACAUUCGAAACCAGCCACUGCCCACGUCGUGGAGGUAGUGCGUUUGGGGGCAAAAACGCAGCAGUAGUUUCAAGUACCUGUACACCAACCCUGAAGAAAUAGAAAAUUGCAGUACAGACAGGUGGCACGGCAUUCGUAGACUUUUCCUAGAAAACGAAGCACUGGGGCGAUCGCUUUGGAUCGACAGAUACCUUGGCAGGAUAUUCUUCCGGAUUCGGUUAUGCUGAUUUCUUUGGAAUGUAAACGCACAUACUACAACAACACAUCAAACUAUUCAACAAUUUGGUGAAUUUAUUACUAGUGAUAUUGUUUUUUAUUAUGCAUCUCUGCACUAUUGUGCAGUCAAGAGUGAAACAGUUGUAGCUUUUUUCGACUUAUCUGUACUAGUAUCUUCGCAGUGUACAGUAUUGGAGCCAAGUAAAGUUCCGGCGAAUUACUAAAUCAGAAAACGGUUAAUGUAAAAAUUUGAAUCAGCAAAAACUGGGCGCGGCGUUGCACAUCCUGGCGUGAAGAAGGAUUUUUUUUGCUGAAAAAAUGAUUUAACCUUGGGAAGAAUCUAACGCAAAUUAGCAAAAUGGUAGACGCCAUGAGUUUAACUGUAACUUGAAGAAGAUCAAUCAAAAAUGUGAAAGUGCAAUAAAAGAAAUCGUUUUCCUUUUGUUUCAUUUAUUUUUCCAUCGUCGUCUCUUUGGAUGCACACCCACUGGAUACACAACUAAAGCCAAGUGAAAUUUACACGACUGUCUAUUGAAAGUUAGUAAAAAUCUGUGAUAUCUCUAUGAAAACGUGUGACAAUAAUUAAAAGUGUAACAUAUAGUAUUUUAAAUGUGAGCAUAUAAAGUAGCUAGUUUAUAGUAAACAACCAAUCAAGCGAAAAUUAUCGAAGAAAAGAAGUUCAAUUACAGUGUGUCCCCAGACAGGUGCGAUUGGAAAAUUAUCUAAACGGAAAACAAUUCCAAAUUUUUGGUCCUCGCUGACACGAACGUGAAUGACCGCCAUUUUGAAAGCAUAAGGGUUAUUCUCGAGUCACCAGUCAUUCUCUCUCUCUCUCUGGCUCCCAGUGGGAACCUCUGACGCCCCUCCGAGUGGCAACCGGGAGCUGAGCGGAGAAAGUAAUCCAGCCAGCCAGCCAGCCCAACCAAACCAACCGACAAAACAUCCUGCCAGCCAUCAUCGGCCGCCAUCAUGCUUUCCCCCAUCACCGAGGGUGGAAGGACACACGGCCACAGCAGAACAAACCACCGAUCGGCCCCACCGCCGGCGGUAUACGACGCGUGCCCCCGGCCACAACGAAAUGAUUUUUGUUCUACGGCUACUGCUGCAACCAAAGCCAGGGAUAUCGUCCUAGUAGGACUAGCACUGGCACUCCUACUAGCCGCGCAUGUGGAAUCCAAAGCCCCAGAUCACUAUUUCGGGCGCGAGAUCGGACAUUUCAACAGCUUCGGUCACGGAGUUCGGGGCCGGGUAUUUGCCGUCGACGAAUCAACCCUGUUCGUGAAAGGCUUCGCCUACGACGGCAGCGCACCGGACGCGUUCUUCUGGGUUGGCAAUUCUCCCCGACCCAGUCCCGAAGGCUACAUCAUCCCCUACCCAGAGGAAUACUCCGGGAGAGAACCGCCUGCACUGGGACAGCAUGAGAACUCCGAUAUAAUUCUGAAAUUACCGAUGGGUAAACGACUUCGGGAUAUCCGUUGGCUGUCGGUGUGGUGCAGAAGAUUCACGGUCGAUUUCGGUGAAAUUUUCAUCCCACCAGGACUGGACGUUCCCAAACCCCGAGUGCUGCCCGAGUUCAAACGAUUGGCCCAUGGGCUUCGGUCCAGCAACAUCAGCAUCCUGGAUGCUAAAACGUUCUACAUUCCCAAUCUACACUACGACGGUGCCGGACCGGAUGCGUACUUUUGGGUGGGCAACGGUUCCGAACCAAACAUUAUGGGUAUCAAAGUUCCUAACGAGAUCGGUUCACUGGAACCGUUGCGCGGCUAUCAGGGCGAGGACAUUGAGAUCCAGCUGCCGGGCAAUUUGACCAUGUACGACAUCGACUGGCUGGCGGUGUGGUGCGUCGAGUAUCGACAUAACUUCGGUCACGUUUACAUUCCGAAGGAUCUAGAUAUUCCACCAGCGCUGGGGCAGACCAAAAUAGCGCCGCCCUGGUGGUACAAACCGACAACAUCCUCGACGAUGCCAACGCUGAUAGCGCACGGGACCACCACCAAACCGAAGAACGUCAACUGCAAAGAGCUUCUUCGAUCUAAACUCAACGUCAUGUGGGAGGUGGUGGGAGAUUACGUGGAGAUUGAGCUAAUCGGACGAAUCCGUGAGGAUCAAUAUAUGGCGUUCGGCAUUUCCGGCCAUAACGGUCAUCCUCAGAUGGUUGGUGCGGACGUUGUUGUGACCUUCUACGAUCGCAAACAGCGUCGGUUCCGGGCCGAGGACUACUACUUGUCAGCGCUGGCGCAAUGUGAUGGCAAGCAGGGUGUUUGCCCGGAUGAACGGAUAGGUGGUAAAAACGAUGUGGAAUUGAUUUCUGGAGACCGCAGCCAUGGAGUUACUCGAAUCAAAUACCGCAGGUUGUUACAGACCAACGAAGCUGUAAACGAUCAAGCCUAUCCCACGAACCGUCAAAUUUCGGUAGUUGCUGCCAUAGGUCCGCUGAAUUCACAGGACGAAGCAAAUGCACAUGCUCACCAGGACGUAACGGUAGAUGAUAUUCAGAUUAAUUUCUCGUCGAAAAAUGAUCAUACGUGUACCGAUGCGCUGGACAGUGUUCGGGAAGUUGGUGGCCCGGAGCCGUGGCCAACGCGAGUGAUACUCGGCGAGAAAACAAUUAGUGUCAAGAUUGGCCCAACAGGUGGAAAGCGAGGAUAUACACCAAUCACUGGUCAUCCUUCGUGGGGCAUUGCUUGGUACCUGAACGAUAUGUUAAUCCCGGAAGUAUAUGUAGAGCGUGGUCAGACAUACACUUUUGUGGUGGAAGGAGGGGACGAUUCAACCCAACCGGCUAAAUAUCAUCCAUUCUACAUCACAGAUUCCAGCGAAGGUGGAUAUGGCCAGUUAACGGAUGCCCAACGGAGACGGGAAACCAUUUUCGCAGGUGUUGAGUACGACAAGGAUAGGUAUCCGAUCCCAACCGCUGCUGGUAGAUAUUGUGAAUGGAAACACAAAACCGUAGACAAGUCUGAGGAAACCGAAACAUUCGAAGAGUACAAAAAGACACUGUAUUUAUCGUGCGAUGACCCUGAUGGACAACCGGCGUUCCUGAACUGGACUGUCGCCGACGACACACCGGAUCUUGCGUACUACCAAUGUUACACUCAUCGGAAUCUAGGUUGGAAAAUCCACGUGGUAAACGCGGGUAUGACGGAUAAAAUCAACGGUUCGCAUGGUUUGUUCGUUGUGAGUUCGCACAGUAUAGCUCUGCUGGUGCUAACCUUGUGUAUUGGCUUUUUGUUGACCGAACGACGUCAACAGUUUUGAUAGUAACAUUACGAAUUUAUUGCCCUCGGGAACGACCCCUUGCGUUCGUUCUAUGUGAAGGCGAACGAGGUAGAAAAUAUCUAGCUAAAAAUCGAAUACACUCGGUAAUGUUCCAUCGAAAUGUCGCGCUUGCUGAUGGGUUGAGUCCUUGGUGCGUUAAUUUAUGGCUUUAUGUUACAUAUACUUCAGCAUUUUCUUCUGGAUGAGCAGAAUAUUUUUUAGCGUAGGACAUUGAAAAAUGCUGCAGGCAGGUGAAUUUGCUUAUAAUUUACAAUCUAUGCUGUUAUAUUGUCAUGUAUAGUUAAACAAUAAUAUUUCGCAUUUGAAGCAAAUAUUUGCUAAACCUAUAAGAAAUUUGUUCAUUCCAUUCCAUCUUCCUUCUUUCAUGGAUAUUGGUGGUGAAUAUAAUAAUGAGCAUACAUAAGUAACUUGAUAGACUAAUUUGUUAACACGAAGUUAUAUUGUUUUAAUUAACCAAAGUUUCCAACAUUUUAUAUCUAUAUCCGUCCACAAUGAAACAGGAAAGCAAAAUGUUUCUUUUCAAACCGGUGACAAGCUAUUUCAAGUAGGUACAUUAUAAUUUGGACAGCCCAUGCAACUAUCCAGCUUUCGCACAUAGUAAGCUGGGUGUACCUAUAUCUAAGACGCUAGUACACUGCAUCAACUAUAUCUAGCCAAACAUGUCAAAUGGUCCUAAGUGCAAAUGACAGUUUCUCUUUGUUUACUUUCUCUUUUGCUAAUAACUCGGCUGUUUAUACGUUUGUUACUCAACUCUUAACACAAUUAGAUAGUCGAAAUCAGAGUUUUUCGAUAUAUCCUGAAACAAUAUUGAAAAGCUUUAAGAUGACGCCGUAAUAAUCGAAAGAGAAAGUAAACAAAGAGAGGCUCUCAUUAGCACUUAGGACCAUUUAAACUGUUUGUCAAGAUAUGACAAAGAUGGCCAUUUGUCCAAUGGCCACCGAGUUUCUAUAGAGAUAGACUGACGCUUAAUGAAAUAACGGAUGAUUAAAAUGACUGCGAACAAACGGACAACAGGAUACUAGUGGCUUUAGAGAUAUAGUACUAGCGUAGUACCCAUACAGUAGAUAGAAACUAACCACUUAUUUGUGGUAAUCUCUGCUGAGAUUCGGCAGAAAAAAUUAAGUGUGUAUUGCGAAACUUUUCUAAAAUCCACAUCGAGACAUUUCAGCCAUGCGCCACCAAGCCGUGCGCCGAAUUACGCGCAUGUUCACUUUGCAUUAGAGCAAACGAAAAAACGGUUUGACGUUUAUUUUUGUUUCGUUCGCACUCAUUUGUGUCACAUAUAGCAACAAAUCGACGAAACGCUAGUUUUUCUUGGGAUAGGCAAUAACUUACGUUUUUUUUUCGUUUUUUUAUGUAAAUAUAGCGCGACAGCAAACGUUUCUAAACUCGUAAAUCCGAAAAUUGUUAGUGAAUUCAAAAUAUCGACUCGUUGUCCAACCACCAAUUAAGACCAUUUUUACAAAAAAUACAGUUUUUUACAAGGCUGAUCUGGUGAACCACAGACUUUUCACUUUAACCUUAUUUCCAUAUUUCCUUUUUUAUCGUCCUCAAAUUUCUAAGAAAAGGUCGAAUUCAAUUUUUAUGCUUGUUACUGAGGCAGAUUUUUUUUGUUUUCAGUGAUAUCACCGGAAAAUUUUCUGUAAUCAAAAUACGUCACAAAGAUGUCGGGGUAAAACCGCAAUCGAAUUCCUGGUUUUUUUUCCUGGAAAAAGAUAAUUAGUGAUUUGCACAGAGUAGUUGUUAAUUUCGACCUUCUUUAUGGGUACUACGCCAGUAUGUACUAACUUUCUAGAUAGACCAAGUUUACCGUGUAGAAAGCAAACCAUCACUGGCCGGCGACUGUUCGAUAGGGAGCGUGCUGUUGCGAAUAAAUUGACACAACCUGAAAACCAACCAUGCGAUAUCGCUUGAAAAACAUAUCUUUCGUGUGAAUGAGACACAUUUUGCGCGUAACUAAGUUUCGGUAAGGCCUGCUCGAAGUAAAAUCAAGGCGACAUUUUGCUCUGGCGAUCGAGGAGAACUAAUAAGGGAUUCAACUUGGCAUAGCCAACUGCGUGUUAUUAAGUAUGCAUUUCGAGCAAAAUAAAAGGAUGUUGAAUUUUACGGUAUGCUUGCGCAUAGUAAUAGGUUAAGAUUACGUUAUAGAUAAUAAUUUUGGGUAUACAACUCAAACAAAAUCUUGACGACCUGGUAGAUCCGAAGGAGUCAGAUAUAAUCAAAACAAAUUGGAUUGACCUGAUUCGUUGAAUAACAAAUCAUUUUUACUUCAAGGCCAUUUGUUUAUUUUGAAUUGAUUCCAUCUCCUUUGUUGCAUAUGCAGUUUCACUACAGAUAAUAGACGUCUAGGCUCGUGUUCGAAGUGUAUGUCAAUACCAGUAACCGUCGUUUCAAAUAAAACGAGCGUCUAAAACCGAUUAAGUAAACGUGCGUAGGUGGCGCAGCGAUCAAUGCUACGCAGCUGAUAUGCAACCGUCAAAUACGUUUAGCAGAGUUGAGUAGAUGGCAAUAAUGACACACCGAUUUUCAGCGUUUAUAGAUUUUAUACUUUAUAUAGGUUUUCAAAUACAUUUUGUUCUAACCUACAUGUCUGUUAUCUGAGGUUUAUCCUUUGCAUUAUUUGCACCUAUUCCAUGCCCAAAAACAACUGUUAUUCUUAUAUUUUUUGUAAGCCUGGCUCUGGCAGACAACAAUGACAAAACGGGUCCUAGCUUCACCGUUUCCAAAGUUUUAAAACUAUAAAAAGCGGAAUCCAUCGAUUUAGUUAAUAUUUGUUACAAUAAACCACCUACACAUGAUGCCCAAAUGCUCCAUAUGUCUUACAUCUGAAUUCUGAAUCUAGAAAGUUGAUUAUGGUCGUCUUCAAUACUACUGAACUGUUGUCGAGUGUUGAGCAAACGUUAUUACACUCAACGAUAGCCACAUGUCAUUGGAUUAAAACAUAACCUCGUUUACUUUCCGUCGUCCAUGGCACCCCGAAUACUUUGGUCCUUUUGAAACAUAAAUAAAAAAAUAAAUGGACUUAAAACUCUUUUGAAAAUGUAACAAUCUUUUCCACGGAUACGGUACCAUCUUCAGUUUCUUAUAUUUUUUGUAAUGUCUACCAGAAUGUGAAAAGGUUACCAACUGCUAGUAUAAUUCCAUUUUUGGGACGGACUCAAAUAAAUUGAAGUAAGAAAUGGUGCUAUAUUUGACGAAACAGGUCUGCUUUAAAAUAAAACAAAUACAAAAGGAACAAUAAUGCAAGAGACUUUACAAUUACAAAGCUUUGUCUUAUCGUACAUUUGAACAUACAUCGAAUGGUUACUGUCUGUUUAUUUUUUGUACGCGAUAUUAUUUUUACUGUUUGUGCGACAAUAACAAGGGCAGCCCGCAAAAAGAGAAGCUAAUUUUUCGUUAUGUUUAUACACACAUACAGUUAUAUUCACUGAC